AUGCUGCCACAGCGCCGCCAAAACUCAAGCUGCGACCCAUGUCGACGCUCUAAGCGACGCUGCUUCUUUUCGUCACCCCGAAUUGGAGACACAGAUAUAGCCUGUACCCAUUGCGAGCGCCUAGGACAUGAUUGCACGUUUGAAUUUGUCGAUUCUCAAGCACAGAAGAAACGGUCUAAGCGUGCUCGUACACGGCAGAGCACCUCAGAAAGCGCAGCUGAGGCAUCCCCUGGCCUCGCCAGUGGCGACUUUCAAGCGGACGCUGUGGCUGGCCAUGACGUCCUGGCAUCAUGGCUAGAUUUUGAUUAUCUCGAAGGGUAUAGUGAGUGCUUAGAUCUACCGAAUUUUCUUGCACCUGAUGCUGUAACAACAAUCGAAACUUCUAAGAACCGGCUUUGUGUACGGCCAAAUCUGCAAUAUCUCAUUGGCAGUUCAUUGGAUAGCCCCAUCCGCCUGCUGAACUCGAAAUUGGAUGCCACUAUCCUUGAUGUGCGUCUCGCACGAAUCCAUGACAUGAUUGUCACGGGCUGUGCGUCUAGAUUUGCGGAUUAUGAUUGCAAUCUAUAUGCAACAGCCUGUCGCUACCAAUUGGAGGACGGAAACUCAACCUCACAAGAACAGAAUCUGCUUUCGAGCAGUUUAUCACCCCAAUCACAAGCCUUAGCAUCAGCCUUAACAUCACAGACGGAUGCCUCUCCAAUGGGCCCUGGACUGCCCCCGAGAGAUCCCGGCUGCAUGAUGACGGUGCUGGGUACCGUCCGUUUCCUGGAUCAUUUCAGCUAUCUAUAUGGUAACCGACUGACUAAAGCGGCACGGAGACAGUCAGAUGCUGUGCUGAAAGCGGUACUUCGGGCAUGCUCACUCCAGUGGCUGUCCACAACCGAUACUCUAUUCCCCGACAGCUUUGAUGAAAAUCAGACAGCACGCGACCCACUCGAAAAUGCAUUCCAUGAUGCCUGGUUCCAAGCGCAAACACUCCUUCAAAACGCGCAGUCAGCUCGCUCGUUCAGAGUUGUAUAUGCAACCCUUCUCUUUGACGGUAUUGCUAUUCCAACCAAAGCUCACGGGGCAAUUGAGUCUGUCGUGACGCAUGAAUUUCUUGAUGCGGGUCUGCAAAAGCUCAUAUCUCUUGAUACACUUGUCAAGAAAUAUUGUGCUACUCUUGGAUCACGUUCCGUAUAUAGUGCUCUCUUAGAAGCGAGCCUGAGUGUGGUGCGAUGGGGCGGAUACAUCCGUGAUAUCGGAGCAGCGCUUACAACGGAUCACCAUUGUAAAUUACCGGGCAUUUUGAGCCAUGCAAAAGGUCAUACAGCAUCUCCUAGUUGCGGGCCAAUAUUGGUCUCGUUCGAUGACCAGGAUCUUCAUCCAGAUAUAGAUAACAGCGUUCCAAGCAUAUGCCAAAAAGCUGUUGCAGAGGCGUUCUGCGUCUGGAGACAAAUAGUUGAAGUCAAAGGUUCCGUCUCUCGCCACGCUCAACGUGAGAGUCGCGUCGAAGCUAUAGCCUCGACUGUGACAGCAGUUGGCAAGUUUAAUCAACUGUUUCGUCCUUUCAUGAAAACCUGUAUAGACAACCUUGAGCGUCUUUCCGUACGGUCCAGAACAUCUGCUGUUUCUAUCACACUGUACUGGGAUCUUAGUAUCCUUAUUCUAGCCGAUUCGUUGGGAGAUUACGAUUCUCCCACUGACCCACAUGUAACCUCAACCAUACGCAGCUACCAAGAAGAAGCAGUCUCUUCAGUUUCCCGAACAGUCGAGCGUGUACUCUCACUACCUACCGAGGAGCUUUUCAAUGUCGAAAACGGCCUCAGUGCCGAAGUCCCAAUUCUCGCUUACCAUAUUACUCCCAGCUUGACGGCAACCACCUUCCAGAAGACCAUUGAGAAUAUAGUCUCCUUGCAUUCUUACCAGGAGAAUGCAAAUCAAGGCGUUGACAGCAUCUGGCACCGGCAGAUUGAUAUCGUCAUGAAAGGUCUCUGCUCACUGGACGUGAUUGUUGGCGGAUCGCAAGUCGCAAGUGCGGCUAUUCAAUCGUUGAUGCGACAGCAUGGGGAUAUCCUGUCCGAGUGUUGGACUUCUGAUUUUAGCACGUAA